UGAUUCCUGUUCUUUUCACAGAGAAAAAGAAAAAGCUGCUGUUUGCUGGAACAUCUCAAUGGAUAUGAAACAGGACACCUGUGAUGUGGACACAAAUAUCAUGGAGAAAACUGUAAAUAAUAAGGAGGAUGACUGUGAGUGGAAGUCCAUCUACCUUAAACAGGAAAGUCUGAGCAUUAAGAAGGAGGACAGUGAACUGCAGCCAGGGGGCAUUAAAGAAGAACCUGAGGAGAAGUCUGUCAGUAUUGAAACACAUAACCGUACAAAUAUGGACAGUGUAAAAGAAGACAACCUUCAAGAUGGAGUGGUGACCAGGUUAGACUCUUCUCAUAGCAGACACUGUUCAUCUCCAGAGCCUUCUAUCAAUGUGAAGUCAGAAUCAUUAGAGUCUGAACCAAAGAGGGCUGAGGAAACUACAUCUGUUAGAGCUCAGAAAAAUAAGCGACCACCUUCAAAGAAGUCUGGAAAAAGAAAGAAAGAUCACUGCAGUAUGGAAUGUGGCAGAGAAUUCUCUAACAGGAGUGCUCUUCAGAAACACACGAGAGUUCACACUGGAGAGAAGCCAUAUUGCUGUAAUGCAUGUGGUAAACAGUUUUCAGACACGAGCAGUCUUCAGAGACACACAAGAGUUCACACUGGAGAGAAGCCAUAUUGCUGUAAUGAAUGUGGUAAACAGUUUUCACGUAUAAGCUGUCCGAAGGCCCACACUAGAGUUCACACUGGAGAGAAGCCAUAUUGCUGUACUGAAUGUGGUAAACAGUUUUCAGAGACGAGCAGUCUACAGAAACACACAAGAGUUCACACUGGAGAGAAGCCAUAUUACUGUAAUGAAAGUGGUAAACAGUUUUCACAAAAAGGCCAUCUUCACAGACACAUGAGAGUUCACACUGGAGAGAAGCCAUAUUGCUGUAAUGAAUGUGGUAAACAGUUUUCAGUGACGAGCAGUCUACAGAAACACAAGAGCGUUCACACCGGAGAGAAGCCAUAUUUUUGUAAUGAUUGUGGUAAACAGUUUUCACGGAUGGACAGUCUUCAAAUACACACGAGAGUUCACACCGGAGAGAAGCCAUAUUGCUGUAAUGAAUGUGGUAAACAGUUUUCACGUAUAAGCAGUCUGAAGGACCACACUAGAGUUCACACUGGAGAGAAGCCAUAUUGCUGUAAUGAAUGUGGUAAACAGUUUUCAGUGACGAGCAGUCUACAGCAACACACUAGAGUUCACACCAGAGAGAAGCCAUAUUGCUGUACUGAAUGUGGUAAACAGUUUUCAGUGACGAGCAGUCUACAGAAACACAAGAGCGUUCACACCGGAGAGAAGCCAUAUUUUUGUAAUGAUUGUGGUAAACAGUUUUCACGGAUGGACAGUCUUCAAAUACACACGAGAGUUCACACCGGAGAGAAGCCAUAUUGCUGUAAUGAAUGUGGUAAACAGUUUUCACGUAUAAGCAGUCUGAAGGACCACACUAGAGUUCACACUGGAGAGAAGCCAUAUUGCUGUACUGAAUGUGGUAAACAGUUUUCACAAAAAGGCCAUCUUCACAGACACAUGAGAGUUCACACAGGAGAGAAGCCAUAUUGCUGUAAUGAAUGUGGUGAACAGUUUUCAGAGACGAGCAGUCUACAGAAACACACAAGAGUUCACAGUGGAGAGAAGCCAUAUUGCUGUACUGAAUGUGGUAAACAGUUUUCACAAAAAGGCCAUCUUCACAGACACAUGAGAGUUCACACUGGAGAGAAGCCAUAUUGCUGUAAUGAAUGUGGUAAGCAGUUUUCACAGACGAGCAGUCUACAGAAACACAUGAGAGUUCACACCGGAGAGAAGCCAUAUUUUUGUAAUGAUUGUGGUAAACAGUUUUCACGGAUGGACAGUCUUCAGAUACACACAAGAGUUCACAACAGAAUAAAAAAGUUAGCAGUUCAAAAAUCAGUCCAGAAAAAAAAGAACCUUUCAGGACUCGAGUGACGUUCAGUCAUGUCCUGAAAGGUAAGCAAACUAAACUAUUGUUGAUAAAUGAAUCUCAUAGAGAAGCCAUAUUGCUGUUUGGAAUGUGGCAAACAAAUCUGUCAGAGCAGUACACUUCAGAGACGGACCAGAAUUCACACCGGAGAGAAAUACAACUGAACUGUUCUGACUAAAGAGUGAGGUUCACUCCUGCCUGGAUAGUAAGCACAUGGAGGAGAAAUAGAAGUUUAUAUCCUUUUUCCUUUUCCAGAAACAAAAUAAAGAACAGGGCGUCACAAAAACGGCUUCUCGCCAAAGCCCCUACAGCCUCCACUGUGUGCCUAGCUCUGUUUUCAUAACAUACGUAUUACAUAUAGAACUGUUUACAAUAUAUUAUACACAUUUCAUCAAAAAAAAGAAAAAAAAACACUUUACAAUGUACAUAACCUCACACAGUAAAUAUUAGUUCAGCUUUAUAUUAUAUAUUUUGCUAUUUUAAUA